AUGUCCAACAUUAAACCCUUUCUGAGUCGCGGCUUCAAUUUGCGCAUUUGGGAGCAGCUGCAGCGCUAUGUGCAGGAGGUGGCUCAUGACUAUGGCAGCGUCUAUGUGUACACUGGUUCCAUUUAUUUACCACGUGAAGUCAAGUGCUCAAGCUGGUAUCUGGAGUUUCAACCCGAGGAUACUUCGCUGGUGGCAGUGCCCACGCAUUUCUUCAAGGUGCUCAUCAUUGAGCCCUCGCGGCGCGACAAUGCGCCCUAUGCCGAGUCCUAUGUGCUGCCCAAUUUGAAUAUCAAAGAUAAUCUGGACCUGCGUAUGCUGCUCUGUGAUCUGCGCGACAUUGAGAAUGCCACAGGUCUCAAGUUUUUCGAUGGUCUGGAUCGCAAUUUUGUCAACACGCAGCCAGUGCAGCAGCCCAGUGGAUCGCAAACUAUUGCCUGCAAUUAA